AUACAGCACCCUAGGAUCAGGUGACCCUUCCAGCCCAGAGCAAUGGAGCAAAAUGAAUCCUCUCGCGUGGAUUCUGAGUUUCGAUAUACCCUCUUUCCGACUGUUUACAGCAUCAUCUUUAUACUGGGGGUGGUUGCCAAUAGCUAUGUGCUAUGGGUCUUUGCCCGCUUGUACCCUUCCAAGAAACUGAAUGAGAUAAAGAUCUUCAUGGUGAACCUCACCAUCGCAGACCUGCUCUUCUUGAUCACCCUCCCACUGUGGAUUGUCUACUAUUACAACGAGGGCAACUGGAUCCUACCCAAAUUCCUGUGCAACCUGGCUGGCUGCCUCUUCUUCAUCAAUACCUAUUGUAGUGUGGCCUUCCUGGGUGUCAUCACUUAUAACCGCUACCAGGCAGUGGCCUAUCCCAUCAAGACUGCUCAGGCCACUACCCGCAAGCGUGGCAUCUCUUUGUCCCUGGUCAUCUGGAUAUCCAUCGUGGCUACUGCGUCCUACUUCCUGGCCACAGACUCCACCAACAUAGUACGCAAAAAGGAUGGGUCAGGCAAUGUCACCCGUUGCUUUGAGCAUUAUGAGCCGCACAGUGUGCCGAUCCUUGUUGUUCACGUCUUCAUCGCAUUCUGUUUCUUCCUCGUCUUCCUUCUUAUCUUCUACUGCAACCUGGUCAUCAUCCACACGCUGCUCACGCAGCCAGUGCGGCAACAGCGCAAAGCCGAAGUGAAGCGCCGGGCGCUGUGGAUGGUCUGCACGGUCUUGGCGGUAUUUAUCAUCUGCUUUGUGCCCCAUCACAUGGUCCAGCUGCCCUGGACCCUAGCCGAGUUGGGCUAUCAGACCAGCUUCCACCAGGCUAUUAAUGAUGCCCAUCAGAUCACCCUCUGCCUCUUCAGCACCAACUGUGUCUUAGACCCCGUCAUCUAUUGCUUUCUUACCAAGAAGUUCCGGAAGCAUCUCAGCGAAAAGUUUUACAGUAUGCGCGGUAGCCGGAAGUGCUCCAGGGCCACUACUGACACCGGCACUGAAGUGAUGGUGCCGGCUGAUCAGACUCCUAUCACGUUACUGAAAAAGUAAUCUCUGUCUUGUUAAAGUCAGACCCAGAGUCUCCUCUUCUGUGGACCUCACAGACUGAGCUGGGAGAGGUUUACGCUUGUGGUCAACCCCUCCUGGGACCCUGGUGGACUGUGAAGUGUGGGAGUUACUUUCUCACUGAGACAGGGGUGGCAGGACUGGCCGCUUGUUGGAAAACACCGAACUUGAAUGUUUCUUUUCACCCAUCUCUGGGUUAAUACUAGCAACUGUGGCUGAUGGCCACACCCCAGCUAGGGCCAAACCUUGGGGGUAGACUCUGAGGCACCUAGUUCAUCCAACUGGGGCUGCAGCCUUAAGAUUUGGGCAGUGACUUCUGGGGGCUACAGGCAGAGGAAGGGGUUGUGGAGAUAGGACUCUUCACCCGUCCUAUGGAAGAUGUUUGCAGGGAACCGUUGGGUUUAGGAUGGUACCCUCCCUUCUCCACCCACAGAUACAAGGUCUUUGUGACAGUUCUUAGAGGAAGUGGUUUGGUGGAAGCCUCUGACUGACCCAGUAACUUGUCUUAAAUGUAACCAGAGGAGAUAAUACAAAAGCUGACUGGAAGCUAGGAUGGGAGCUUAUUUCCUGAGGCAGCUAAGUUUCUGCUCAGACCUGAGAGACUGGGAGAGAAGGUUCCCUCAGGACACCACAGUUUCAACUUCCGGCAGGCAGCAACUUCUUUUGGUGACCUUUGGACACCUGCUGGUGAUUUUUUGACCAGUGUGUUAAUCACAUUUCACUCACUGUGCCCAGCCUCCCUGUCAGAAACAAUUCAAAGAAGGAGAGAUUUAUUUGGCUCACAGUUUCCGAAGACUUCUGUCCAUCAUGGUAACGAAGGCAUGGUGGGGCAGCUCGGACUAUGGAGGCAGGAACAGGAGGAGGCAGAGGCUGUUCAUGUGGCAGUGAGCCCGGAAACAAGACUGCACUUUAAACAGGGGGUGGAGUACAACUGUCAGAAGCCAGCCUCCAGCCACCUACUUCUAUAGCCAGUUCCUACCUCCUAAAGGUUCCACAGUCUCCCAAAGCAACACUGUUAGUGAGAAUAAGCAUACAGAACACAGCCCUGAGCCAGCGAGAUCAGGUAAAGGUAUUUGCUGCUAACACGGAUGAUCAGAGUUCGAUCCCAGAACCCACGUGGUGGAAAGAGAACAGACUCCUGCAAGUUGUCCUUUGACCUCUUCACGCAUGUUUGGCACACACGUGUCCCGCCUCUCCCCCCCAUAAAUAAAUGUACAAAAUCAAUACAACAAAGCAAGACAAACAUGACCCCAUGGAGAUGCAGGGUAUUUUCUAUUCAAGAUACACGAGCUGUUACAUUCAAUCGAUGUCCAAUCCUGCUCUCUGAGCAGUGGCUAGAAACCUCAGACUCAGAACUCUGGGGAACUUUCCCUGGUUUCCCGAGCCUUGUGCACCUUAAAAAAG